GUGGUGAAAAGCACAUACCCUGCAAGCACCAGGUUUCACAGGUGUGACUGAUGUGACUGUUUGGGGGGAGCGGCAGACUGUGGUUGUGGUGAGCCUGUCGAAAACAACUUUGAGCAGCCAUCAUUUUGUAGGUGACCUGGGGUACCGGAAGAUCCCCAUCGUGAUCCCUCUGGUGGGUUACCUGGUCUCCAGAGUGGUCCUGCUCCUGGUCAUAGUGAUGGAUCUCCCGAUACAGGCUAUGUUCGGCGGGGUGGUGGUCCACGGACUCAGCGGCGGGUUCUGCUCCUACUGGGCCGGGGUCAUGGCCCUGGUGUCGCUCACCUCCACCGAGGAGGACCGCUCUCUCCACAUGAUGCAUAUCGAACUGGUCUACGGAGUAGCCGGUCUCAUCGGUAGUCUAGUGUCCGGGCACCUCUUCCAGUUGUACAGUGUGGAUUUUAAACAGGGGACUCUGUUAGUGAGCCUGAGUGUUUUCCUCUACUUUUUGUGUCUUAUCUACACAACCUUCUUCUUUCUAAUGCCAAGUUUCUCGACAAGCGCGCACGAGCGCAACGAGAACAAUGGCUUCUUCACUGAGCGAAAUUCCAGGAAUAUACUGAACAUUCUGCUUCUCUUCGCGAGCGGUAUUUUAUAUGACGUGGCCGUCGGAGGUGGGAUGGAGAUACUGGUGACCUUUGAGAUGAAGGAGCCCCUGAACUGGAGUGCUACACAGAGUUGUGACUUGUGA